AAUAAUGCCUGCCUCUUACAAAUGAGUCUGAGUCUAAAUAGGUCAUUUUUGAAUUCAGGGGGACAGCAUGGCAUUUUUGCAUUGUUUUCCUGUCUGUCAUUAUAAGAGAUACUGAGUGAGUUCUGUUCAUUUUUCAGGUAUUUUGCAUAUCUGUUGGCGAUGUCCUGUUUUAUUAAGUGCUAUCAAAAUUAUCAGUGUAGGUUUACCUACUGCCUUGUGGUUUUCCUGUUUGAAUGAGCUUCUCUUUAAAAGGCAGGAACUUUAUUCUCAGAUCAGCCACAGGAAGCAGUUUUUUUCAGACCUGAAUGUUGUAAUUCACAGCACUGACUCAUGUGAAGACUGAAGCAGCAUUGCGAGAGAUUCAACAGCAGAUUGUGCCAGUUUCUGAAGAUUUUAGGAUGUCUUGGCCACUGGCUAUCGUCUUCUUCUUUUUCUAUGCCAUCAGUUCACUUGCGUCUGCUGGAAAGGUUCUGGUUUUCCCACAUGAUGGCAGCCACUGGGUGAACAUGAAGGUGCUGGUGGAGGAACUGCAUUCACGGGGGCAUUCUGUGACUGUCAUUCGGGCUGCAGACAGCUGGUACAUCAGUGAGACGGCUUCACAAUAUGAAACCAUCACAGUGGAUGUCAACUCUGGUGGUAAUGAAGAUUUCUACCGUCUCUUUGUGUCCGAGGUCAUUAGAAUUAAAAGAAGCAAUGGGUCAGCAUGGACCCGUUUCGCUCUAGACAUGGAGUUGAAAGACAAGUUCUUUGAAUUACACAGAAAGAUCUGCGAGGUGAUUGUGCACAUAUUUGAAAGUAAAGAGUUAAUGAAGAUCCUCCAGGAAGCCAAGUAUGACAUAGUUUUGACUGACCCUGCAAAUGGAGGAGGUGUGUUUUUGGCUCACUACCUUGGCCUACCGAUAGUAUUCAACACUCGCUGGACUGUUCACGGUGAAGCACAUUUUGCUGUUGCACCUUCUCCUCUUUCCUACGUCCCACUUCCACCAUCAGAGCUUACGGAUCAAAUGACAUUCUUUGAAAGGGUGAAAAACAUGAUUUUCUACCACAUGAGGAUGCAUCUGUACAAGCAGGUGGUCGCACCACAUUAUUCUCCUUUAGCUAAGCGCUACUUUGGCCCAGAUGUGGACUACUUUUCUCUGUUCCAAGCUGCAGAUCUGUGGCUCAUGAGAGUGGACUUUGUGUUUGAGUUCCCUCGUCCCACCAUGCCAAAUGUUGUCUAUAUGGGAGGGUUCCAGUGUAAACCUGCAAGACCACUUCCUGAACUCCUGGAGAAGUUUGUGCAAAGUUCUGGAGAGCACGGAGUUAUCAUCAUGUCUCUGGGGACUUUAAUUGGAGAGCUUCCAAAUGACCUGGCAGAUGAAAUUGCUGCUGGUUUUGCUAACUUACCCCAGAAAGUUAUCUGGAGGUAUAAGGGUGCCAAACCUCCCUCUUUAGGAAACAAUACUUUAAUCAUAGACUGGAUGCCUCAGAACGACCUCCUAGGCCAUCCGAAAAUCAAACUUUUUGUAAGUCAUGGAGGAACAAAUGGAAUUUAUGAGGCCAUCUAUCAUGGGGUUCCAAUGGUGGGCAUUCCCUUUGUGUUCGAUCAAGCCGACAAUCUCUCCAGACUCAGAGCUAAAGGAGUUGCAAAGAUUUUGGAUGUGUCUGACAUAAAUGAGAAAAAAUUUCAGAAAACUAUUCAGGAAGUCUUGGAUGAGCCAUCUUACAGGAUGAACAUGCAGAGACUCUCCCGACUACACAGAGAUCAGCAGAUAAGGCCACUGGAUCGAGCCAUCUUCUGGAUUGAGUUUGUCAUGAGGCACAAAGGUGCUGCUCACCUCAGAACAGAGUCUUACAGGCUGCCCUGGUAUACCUAUUACUCUGUAGAUGUCAUUUUAUUUUUAAUAGCAAUUUUUGCACUAAUGUUUUUAGUUUUCUCCUGGUUACUGUGGCACUGCUUCAAAUUAUGUUGUAAAAGAAAAGUGAAAUCUGACUGACUGGGGCAUCGAUCACAUAUAACAUUAUGUCAACUCACUGUUGGUUCUACUGGGUCCUUUUAGGCUGUCAUAUGAAACAGACCAAGUGAGCUUUUAAGAUAAGUCAACUUAAGUCUCACCACUAAACCUAAAUAAUUCCUGUAAAUGUAUUAUGAAUAAUUUCCUUCCCUCAAGGAUAGAAAGAUGUUACAUCAGUCUAAGUUUGUAGAAAAAUAAAUAAAUCUUCACGGCGCCGGAAUGCUAAUGCUUUGUUUUACUUUAUUGUAGCAAUAAAAAAACUCAAAAUGAAAAUAUUUAUAUUUGUAGAAUGCAACAGUUUAUUAGAUUAUAUUAAAUCCAUAAACCUUAACAAGAAUCUCUUCUUCAAUUUUUCAGCGGAGCAAAAUCUGGCACUGUAACAGAUUUCCUCAUUUAUCUAGAACCUCACUGUAAUUUCAUCAUUUUACUACAAAUAUGCGAUUUAUUAUUUAUAAUAUUUUCAAAGAACUCAUAGAAAAGUGUUAGAAUACACAUUGCAUUGCAGUUUGUUGACACAGGCACAGACCACUCAGGAUGUGAACGUGGUAUUUUCUGAUGGCUGUGGUCUCUUUCAGCAGAAUAAUGUGUCCUGCAACAGAUCAUGUGAUUCAGGAAGGGUCAAAGGAGCAACACAAUGAGUUUGUGAUUUUGACUUGGUCUCCAAAUUUACAAGAUCCAAGCUAAAUGUGCAUGAUUGAAUUGGGACAAAUCUAAAACACUGAGACAGCACAAUGCACCUUACAGCUGGUAACUGCUUUGUGCUAGACAUCACAAAACACCUUCAGGUGUUCAAAGUAUUAGGCGUUUGAUCAUAAUAUUAUGCCUGAUUAGUGUAUGCACUCUUUCACUCAAAGUCUCUUACAUCCUGUUGUACUGUUUGCAUUGAAUAAUGUGCAGUUAUGUUUUCUAGCUUGGCUAUCUGACUCAAUACGUUUAAGCUGUUGCACAAAAUUUAUAUUUCAAAAUGACUGGAGGCUUUUUUUAAAAUAAACUGUGGCAUUGAAUUUACUGUUGAAAUACUCUGGUUCAAA